AUGGCGCUGCCUACGUUUAUCAAAUGUUUAGAGUCAGAACAGAUAAUUGAGCUGAAAAUUUUCCUCAAAGAAAAUGGAGUGGACAAGGCUGACAAGAGUGAAGUUACGCAGGACAAUUGGGUGUCCGCUUUCAUUAAGUGUAUUCCCCAACUAUCAGUUUGUUGGACAAACGACAAAGUUACUGAAGCUCAAGCCAUUGAUUUGCUUACAACCGUUGCCUCGCUGAUAAUUCAGCUUCCCGUUAAUGAAAUCCCACAAGCUGUCGAAAAGUUGUGUGUGUUAUUCGAAGAAUUUAAGGGUCCUGUCAGUCGAAAGGACCUCGCCAAGCUCUACUCUUUAAAUGUGCUGUUUGCGGGUUUGGCCGAAGAAGAUCAUGCCCGAUUCCGAAUUUAUCAGGCUCUUAUUACGUGUGCCCACAAAGUCGGGACGCUUCACCAAAUCUUUACGGACACCGAAAGGGUUUCGAAUCUCUUAAAAGCAUGUCGCUGUACGCCCGAUGAAUGUAAAAAGUUGUGGCGUCAGCUAUCCGAAGUACACAUGGCCACGGGCAACACCAAGCAGGCUACACAAGCGUUAAUUAACCUCCUUUCUACGUACACUGCGGGCAACGCGGUAGACGCACGCAACGAUGCUGUCAGGUGCAUUGUCGCUGCGAUUCAGGAUCUGAGUUUCUUGUCACACAGCCGUCUGAUGGCUCUUAAACCUGUCCAGUUUCUUGAAGGAGAACCCAUCCAUCAGCUUCUGGGAAUCUUCGUUUCUGGUGGCCUCAGUGAUUUCUCCGCAUUUACAAAGAAAUACCCCAAGUUCCUCUCGGAAAACGGACUGACUGAGGAGGCUUGUCUCAACAAAAUUCGGACCUUAUGCUUGAUGGAAAUAGCUGAGAACGUUGCGGAGUUGGAUUACGAGACUGUGUGUAAGAAAAUUGGUCUUCCAGAGGAUCAGCUUGAACCAUUCGUUAUUGAAGCUGUCCGCCAAAAAGUGAUCACCUGCAAACUGGAUCAAAUCAAUCGCCGUAUUCUGAUCACCAGUGCCCUUCCGCGUAAUUUUGGUCCCUCCCAGUGGCGUAGUCUCGCUAAAACCCUCCACGAGUGGAGAGAUGGGCUUCUUGUGGUUCAGAGCAGUUUGGGGACAAUGAUUGGUGCCGCCACUGCCACUGCCGCCCAGUAA